CCGAAACUCGCAUGUAAUGGCCGACUUCGCGAUUCACUUAUCACAUCCCUAACUUCAUGAUUGUUGUGUGCGGCAUUUGUUUGCGCUGAAGUUCGUCUCUAGUGAGUUUUGUUAUCGCUGUUAUUAUAAGAAAGAAAUGCCGUUUAUUUUUAUGUAAUAUAAUUGAUUGCAAUUAAAUAGAUAUUUUGUGGAAAGCCAAGUCUUCCGAAGAAACAACAUGACAUUGUUCUAUAUCUGGACAUAUUUGAAGAGUUUUACUGAUUUUUGUGAUUCAUCAUCAGGUUAGGUUCUUAACAAGGAGCCGGCUUUGUUUUUUAAUUAAAAAUAAAAUAGACGAACGUAAAAAAAUCGAGUUAAGUUAAUAAAAAAAGUAGAGGGUCAGAUUAAGGUCAACAAAGACCCUCUAUGAGAUCAGCACCAAAACGAAAAAGAUAAUGGGCUCGUUAAAUCUUGUCUGCCCAAUGUGCUGUGGUGAAACAUUUAACAAUCCACAGUCAUUAAAGUACCAUUUAUUAAGCAUGACGGACAACCUAUACUGUCCUGGUUGUUCGCAGCGGUCUGACUCAGUAAUGGCACUCAUUCAACAUUUGGAUCGGUGUGGACAAAGCGUUGAAUCAGAGGCAUCAUCUGAAUCAAAACAUGAUCCUGAGGAGGAUGUUCAACAGGAAUCUCAACCAGUAGAUACAGAAGUGUUAAUGGAUACAAAUGUUGAAGGGAUAGAUCAAAGCUUUCUAGCAACUGUAAAUGACACUGGAAUUAUGAUAGUUGGUGGGCCUCAAACUAUACAAGUUGAUGAAAAUGGAGAUAUUAAAGUCGUAGAAAAGAUGGAAACUGAAGAGACACACAUGGAGCAAAAUUCUUUGGAAUUUAAGAUGUCAGAAAAAGUUCCUAAUAUUGCAAGCAAAGCAGAAGAAAAAUCUUUAUCUCAGGAUCAGUUAGUGGCAAUUUCAACCACCUCAGAGACAGAUGAUAAAAAUAGAAAUAAAAAUGUAAUUACUAUUUUACCUGAUGGUUCAGAACUUCUUGAUGGAGAUACUGGUGCUUUGAUAAAUAUGGAUCAUAUAAAUGAUGUAGGUGAAUUAGAUGAAGAUGGACUUUUACAUGUUAAACAAGAACUUUGUGAGAUUGAACCAGAAGCAGUUUACAGUUGCACUAGUUGUGACAUGAGCUUUAAUUCUGUUGUGGAACAUAUAAAACAAUUUCAUGAUGGACAAGAAGUACUACUUGAAAUAGCUGAUCAAUUAGAUGAUAUUCCUACAGUACCUGCAACUAACACCUUAACUUCAGAAUCAGGAAAUGUAAUCAAUAAUAGACAAAGACAAAGUAUGAAUACUCUUCGUACAGAAGAAUGUGUAGACAGUGAAGGAAGAUUAUAUACAAGAAAAGUAGUACAAAUAGAAAGAUUCUGGGAUAGAACUCCAGCACAAACAUCACUUCAAUCUACUAAAGCACCAAUGAUUGAAAAAUUUUUUUCUAAUGUAGAAGGAGUGAAAGUACGAGAAAAAAGAUUGGCUGCAACACCAAUGAGAAUGUAUAGAUGUAAUCAGUGCCUUCAGCAGUUCUCUAAAUUAGGAAACUUUCGAGUUCAUGCAUGUCUUCAUGGCAAUAAUCGUUGCGAUAGUUGUGACCAAACUUUUGCAACACCAAAAGCAUUACAAUUACAUGCAAAAGUACAUGAAGGUGAACCUGAUCCGAAUCAAAAAACUUUCAUAUGUGAAACUUGUGGUACAGAAUUUUGUUCACAUAAAAGUUUGCGCUUGCAUUCUCGAAUGCACGCACCAGUCAGAGCAAGGCAUGUUGAUGCACCUGAAGGAACACCUAGUGCAACAUUCACGUGUCCUGAGUGCGGCAAAACAUUAGCAGAAUCAUACAAGGAAGCGCACAUGGCAUUACAUUCUGGUGAUUCUGUUACUUGUACAGUAUGCAAUAGGAAAUUUGAUUCUGCUGAUAGUUUAGCAAUGCAUGCCGCAGUACAUACAGAACUAAGUCAACCACAUUCACCAACACCACCUACUACAGAGACUGCUACAACUGCUGAACCUGCAGAAAAUCAAAAGCCUUAUCAGUGUCAACAUUGUGGUCGCAGAUUUACAAGACCUCAUGAGAAAGUAAAACAUGAACGCAUCCAUACUGGGGAAAAACCACAUGCAUGUGAGGUUUGCGGUAAAACUUUUCGCGUAUCUUAUUGUCUGACUUUACAUAUGAGGACUCACACUGGAGUCAGGCCAUAUGGAUGCCAACAUUGUGGUAAAAGAUUUAAGGCUUCAUCCGUAUAUAAUCAUCAUUUGCUUACACACGGAGAAGAACGUGCUUACACAUGCCCAUAUUGCCCAAAAACUUUUAAAACACGUGUUCAAUUAGCAGGGCACAAAAAUAGUCACACUAAACCAUUUCGAUGCACUGAAUGUUCCCGUCCUUUUGCUUCUUUAUACGCCGCGCGUGCUCAUAUACAAACUCAUAAAAAAGAUAAUAAUUUAAAGUUCAGUUGUUAUAUUUGUGGUGCAUCCUAUGGUAGAGCAUUUGCUUUGAAAGAUCAUUUAAAACAACAUGGUCAAGAUGUAUUAGCUCCACCAGAACCAGCAAGAGAAGAAGAAAUUCAUGAAGGAGAAGAUUUUUUGCUUGCUGAAGAAGAAGUUGAAGAUGAUGAACUAGUUAUUCCGUCACCAUUACCCGUCGCGCAAUCAUCAGAAGCUGAUGAUACAGAAUGAGACUAUAAAAGCUAGUCAUAUGUUUGUUAUAAAUUGUAGUUUAAUAUUGUUUAAUGUAAUGGAAAAUGAUGAUGAUGAAUGAAUCCCUAUUUUCCAUAGUGUUCAAAGACUAUCAGCAGGAUUUGUAUUCAUGCAUUAAAUGUUAUAAAAUUUUAGUUUUUAUGAACAAAUGACAUUCUAAUGUGAAUUGCUGCUGUGACUAGACAUGAAUAGUAUUCGUUUGUAAAUAAUACAAAUAUACAAAUAUUUGUAUUAUUUGUAAUUAUUUGUAAAUAAUACAAAUAAUACAUACUAAAAAUUUGUAUAUCCUCAAUGGUAUUGUGCGGAUAGAAUAUGUGAAAUAUGAAUAGCAAUUGUAUCAGAGAUAGUUUUAUUAUGCCUGUUUAAUAUAUUAAAGUAAAAAAAUCUAUAUUA